AUGAAGUUCAUCUACACCACCUCUGCGCUGCUGCUGGUGCUCGCCUCGAUCGUCUCAUCGACCACGGUGGCGCAAGUGAAAUCCGACAUCGCCGCAAUCGAUUCGGCCGUGGCCUCGCUCAACCAGCAGCUCGCCUCGGAUGACCUCAACUAUUUCUCGGCGCUCGGGAUCAACUCGGCUGCCAACACGCUCGACGACAAGAUCAAGUCUGGCACCUCGGACGUGCAGUCACUCACCGAAGCGCCCUCGGUCGCCGAUGCACAGGACAUCAUUACCACGCUCACCGCCACCGAGGUCAACGUCAAGUCGGCCACCAACAGGCUCGUCGUCCUCAAGCCCAAGUUCGACAGCCUCGGCAUCACCGGUAUUGCAAAGGGCACCAUUGCAACUUUGAAGACCGACACCGCCACUUUCGGCGCUGCUCUGGUCCACGCUUCGCCCGAUUCCGAGAAGGCUCAGGCUCAGAGCUUGGCUGACAAGUUCAACGCUGACCUUGCCACAGCUGCUAACGCCUACAGUAGCUGA